AGAUGAUGAGUCAUUCUGCAUCUCACCGGUGGGCCGAUGCAGUCCGUCCGUGUCUUCCUCCUGCCGUCAGUCUCUUCUGUCCUUUCGUCCCAAUCCAAGAGGAGCUUACACAACAUGCCAUCGACUGAAGGACUGUUGGUCGCCGGCUUUGCCGCCGUGAUCGCCAGUUUCUCCCACUUUACAGGGUCCUACAUUCCAUCGCUUAUCUCGGUGGCCCUCCUCGCCGUCUACCCAUUGACGCGCCAUAUGACGAAUGCAGAUACGCGAGUUCCUACGUUGAGUAAGACGGAAUGGAAGGAGUUUCCACUGAAAGAGAAGAUCAUCAUCUCGCACAACACCGCCAUUUAUCGGUUUGCUUUACCGAGUCCGGAUGCGGUUCUUGGUCUACCAAUUGGACAGCAUAUUUCCGUUUCGGCGGAGAUCGAUGGAAAAGAAAUUGCCCGAAGCUAUACGCCAACUAGCUCUGAUGACGAAAAGGGUCACUUUGAUCUUCUGAUUAAGUCCUAUCCCACCGGCAACGUAUCUAAAUUCAUUGGAGAGCUUAAAAUUGGUCAAAAAGUCCGAAUCAGGGGUCCGAAAGGCUUUUUCAGAUACGAACCCAACUGCGUCCGCGCCUUGGGCAUGAUUGCAGGCGGGACUGGUAUCACCCCGAUGCUGCAGAUCAUAAAGGCAGUUUUAAAGAACCCUGCUGACAAGACAAAAUUAAACUUGAUUUACGCCAAUGUUACAGAGGAAGACAUCUUACUCAGGGAGGAGCUUGAAACCUUGGCAGCAAAGCAUCCUGAUCAAUUCAGUGUGUACCAUGUUCUCAACAAUCCACCGGAGAACUGGAAUGGCGGCGUAGGUUUCGUUAGCAAAGAAAUGAUUAAAGAGCACUGCCCUCCCCCGGCCGAUGACAUAAAGGUCCUCAUCUGCGGUCCACCUCCUAUGGUGAAAGCUAUGUCUACCUACACCGAAGAGCUCGGAUAUCCUAAGUCCAACGCAAUUUCGAAAAUGCAUGACGUGGUGUUCAAGUUUUGAGCUACUAGAAAGAGAAGAAUAUAUAAGCGUUAUGUGUACGCAAUGUUGUAGCGUAGAUCGCGGGCUUAAACUUGUGCAGGGUUACAAGGGAAUAGGGUAUUUAGAUAUCUUUCGGACUACAUAAGCGGAAUAGAUGCUUUUACAUAAAAGAUAGGCCGUCAACUAUCCA